UUUGUGAUCGAUGCAGUUUCAAUAUGUCGAUGAUCUCAGCAUGUUUGCGCUAGUCAAAAACUGCACCGAUCGAAAGGAAAACUACAUCACCAAUUGGUAAAAUGAAAAGAAAAACACAGAAGCUCUGCCGAUAAAUUUGGCUUUCGUGCAUUUUCCAAUGCAAUGGAGGAUGAUAACGGUACUAUUUCGUAUUUCUGUAUGCGUUACCUCUUCACAACGAGGAAAAAAAGUGCAGAUCAAAUAAAAAAGAUGUUCAAAAGGAAAAUGCGAAAAGAUCGGGGGUGAGAUUCGCUUCAUCCAUCCGUGGAAGAAGUGUUGCUGACUGGCGAUUCGCUAUCAUAACACAUACCAAAUACACACGACUCCCCGCCAUAGUGAACGUCUCGUAGCAGGUAGACGAAAAUGUUCUACUAGCGAGUAAAUUCCGUGAAAAAACGCAACAACGUGAAUCCGAUCGUGGGACGAAAAAGUAGUAGGCUCAAAGGAAACUUUCCGUAGUAGGCAGCGAAACUGACGCGGAUUCAAUAUGAAUAUUAAUCCGCGUCAAGUAGCCAAGAACCUACAACCGGCGCGUUCCCUGCGGGCACCGGUUGUUAAGCCUAACCUCAACACGCUGAGCGACUUUGGCUAUUCUCCCGAUCUCGUGGUGUCGUACGGACCGGGUGGACGGAGUGUGCGAUCCGACAUCCCGAACGGGACCGGGCACCAACCUCGCUCGAGUAGCCAGUCGCGUAAACAUGACGUCCUGCGAGCGCCCAGCCUGACCCAUGGAAGGGCCAGCACUCCGACAAAUGGAUUAACAUUCAAUGCGACGACGCUGAGCGUCGGCACGCUGUACGAGGUGAACGUUUCGUACGUGCAGAACGGCCCAAAGCAGUUUAUGGUGCAGCUUAGAUCGACGGAGCAUACACUCAAGCAAAUGAUGGCUGCGCUGUCGCGUGUUCCGCUGCGUCCCAUGAACCGGAAGCUACAGCUGGGGAUGGCCUGUUUGGCACGUUUUUCUAAGAACUUCACCAUCUAUCGGGCCCUCAUCACGGCGCUCCGGCGCGAUGGCACGUGUACGGUCUCGUACGUAGACUAUGGCCACUCAGAAACCGUCCUUCCGAGCAGCUUGUACGAGAUUCCACCGGAGUUUCUGCAGUACGAAAUCUUCUCCACCCGUUUCGCCCUCUCGAACGUGCGCAUAUUGGAGGAAAUUAAUGCGGACGUGGCGAACAUUUUUUCACGCGUCGUUGGAGGAAAAGUGCUCACUCUCAAGGUGAUGCCCCCGGAGGGUGCCGCGUUCGUGUCGUACUGUGAGCUGUACGAGAAUGGUGAAAACAUUUUCAACCGACUGGUUGCGCACUGCCGGGCCAACCUGUACAAGUAUCCGGUGCCGGGAAGUUUACAACGGGGUGGAAAUUAUUAUGUGGUGAUCCGGUUUAUCCAAUCAUGUGCGCAGUUUUUCGUCCACACCAUCGACAAUGUGGCCGCGUUCGACAAGAUGAUGGAUGAUUUGAGUGCCCACUGUCGGGAUAGCAUCAUUCCGGGCGCUAUACAGGUAGGUGAUGCGUUCGCGGUAAACCUCGGGGUGAAUGACUUCUAUCGGGCGGAAGUGGUUGAAAUCGGACAGAAGGUUACGGUGCGUCUCGUCGACUACGGUAACUGCAUAACGGUGGAGCGGAGUCAGCUGAGGCGUAUUUCGCCCAGUUUCGUGCACCAACGCCCGGAAGCGUACGAAUGCUGCCUCGAAGGCUUUGAGGAUGCCACCAGCGAUGAGCUGUCCACUCCCCAGCUGGAAAUGCUCUCGGAGGGCAUGGAUGGUGAGAGGAAAACGUUCAAGCUGGUUGUGUGCGAUGUUCGCGAUGGUAAAACGAUCGUGAACCUUUUCGACGAGUCUGAAACGCCCGUGUUGAACGUGUCUAAGAAGCUGCUCAAACUAAAGAAUCCGGCCAAGUUCAUCAAAGACCAACAAAAUAGCCAACAGAAGGCACAAAGUAAGCAACCGGGUGGUGGUCAAAAGGCAACGGAAAUCAUUCUACCACAGCCCCAGCUGCCCCAGGUUGGAGGAGGUUGGGUUCCGAAUAAACAACAGGAGCAGGCCACUAACCAAAAACAGCAGCUCUUGGGAACUAGUACGGACUCGGGUAAGGGAAUCGGGAUUCUCUCGUCAAGCGGUGUAUCAUCGAGCCAUGCCGACUACAUCGAUCUUACCAAUGACGAGUGGAGUGGAGGGCCUCCAUUGCCGGGUCACCAGAGCUCGGGAUAUGAGCAGCAGCAGCAGACGGGUGGAGGAGCAGACCUACACGCAAGCCCACCGCGCAACAAUCGAUCUGGGAACAGUAGCCGAGACUCUUCUUCGAGCAACAACAAUAAGCAGGAUAAUAAGCGUAAUCCCUUCGUAACACCUGCUGGCAAUGGUGCGGCACGCUAUGACAUUCCAAGGUUCAAUAAGGAACGGAACCCAACGCCGUAUUAUUACGAACACGAUGAUCGAUUCUCGGAUGGGAUCAGUCCUCCUGCAAAUUUUGCGAACGAACGAAACAAUAGGGCUGAAGUGCGUAGCUUCGGUAACCCAUCGGAUUUCUAUCCUCCUCCAGUGCCUACUACGGAAAACUUCAAGCCUACUGCCUCGUCUAAUACUCAGCCCGCCACGGAUGACUACGUGCCGUACCGUAGCAGUUUUCCGGAGCAAAUCGUGCCGAUGAACACCAAGCUUGAGGUCGUCCUUUCGUGGUGGUUCUCGCCCGAGCAAUUUUUCGUCCGGCUACGGAGCGACGAAGACAAAUAUCACGAGAUGAUGAAGCAGUUGCAAAAAUUCUACCGUAACAAGAGCAACCAGCAGCAACAUCAGCAGCAGCAGCAAGCCGCCAUCGCCGGUGGGGGAAAGGCCCAGAAACCAUCCGCCGGAUCGAUUGUCGUCGUGAGACACCCGAAGCAUAACGCGUUCUACCGUGGUCGGGUGGUUAAGUACAACGAGUCGGUACAGAAGUACAAGGUAGAGCUGGUGGACGCCGGCAAUAAACUUGUCCUGUCGUCCAAUGACCUGUGGAUGGUGGAGCGACGCUUCACCCGGCUGGCACCGAUGGCCAUCUCGUGCGCCCUACCUGAGAUUCGCCUGUUAUGCGAAGUGAAAGAACUGCAGAAUCGCAUCGAUGCGUACAUCGGUAACGAAAAGCAAAUUGAGGCGACGUUUCUGGAGCGCACCGCCGAGGGAAAGCACCAUUGCAAGGUGGAAACGCAGGGAAGCGAUCUUAAAACGCAACUCAUCGCGGACAGUUUGAUUGUGCAGGUUUUGGUUGAUAUUGAUCUCGCCCGACUAAAGGGACAAACAUUGAAGGUGCAGCUAAUCGAACUGAAGGGAUUAAGCAAUUUCCGCGUGAAGGUGCUCGGUCACAGUGCGACGUUUAGCUGCCGGCUAGAUGACUGUGAUGGUCUCGCCGAUUCGGCUGAGGUCCUGGCGGAACUACGCAACAAGUGGCUCGAUCGGUACUGCUCGGCCCAGGUUGUCGAUGUGACGAGUGACGAAAAAUUGGUACUUUCCCUGCUGAUUCCCUCGCUUACCGGUCAACCCCAGCCGACGAUCGCGGAGAUGCCGGUGCUGGUGAGCAAGUUCAACGUAUACGUCACGCAGGUGGAGGGCAUGAACAGUCUGUACGUGCAGAACGUUCGCUGGACGGACGAAAUCGCCCAGCUGAUGGACGACCUCUUCGACUACUACGAGCAGCGGCAGCAGGGCGUUCCGUUGGCGAACCUGACGAUGCACGAAAUGUGCGUCUCAAAGUCGCCAUCCGACAGCAGUUGGUAUCGGGCGAAGAUCGUUUCGCUGCAGGAGCUGGACAAGAUCGAGGUGCUGCUGGUGGACUACGGGCACCGGGAGCAGGUGAAGCACAGCGAGCUGAAGCAGCUCGAGCCGCAGUUCCUCGAGUACAGUGCGUUCGCGCACAAGGUUCAUCUACCGAUGGGGGCGAUCGCGGGCGUGGAAGAGGAACGCAUCGCGAACGAAAUCACGCAGUUGACCGAGGGUCACGAGCUGACGCUGAGCGUGCUGGACUUCCGCAACAGCAUCUGGAUCGUGGACAUCACCUCGAACGACUACAGUAUCGUGAGCGUGCUGAAGGACAAGCAGCUGGUGGCGGAUCUGGACUACGAGAUGAUAUUCAACCAGCGCCAGGCGUCGACCCCGGUCCCGGGUGCCGUCGUGCGUCCGUCGGUGGAGGAUCACGAAGCGAAGCAUCAAAAGAUCCGGGCAAAGAUCUGUCAUGUGGACAACCCGAGUCAACUGUUUAUUCAGCUGGAAAGUGACCUCAAGGAUCUGCAUCAGUUGCAAGAGAACCUGCAAAUCAUCGCGUCCUCGCUUCCACCGUUGCGGGAUUUUUCUGCUGAUCGGCACUGUAUCGCGCAGUAUUCGGCGGACGACCUUUGGUACCGGGCGCUGAUCAUCGACAGUCACGACGAUUUGAUCAUUCAGUUCGUCGACUUUGGCCACACGGACAUUGUGACGAGCAACAAGAAGAGCACGCUGCGCGACAUCAACGACGAUCUGAUGAAGUGGAAGAUCUACGCCAAGCAGUGCGCCAUGCUGGUACAACCGACGUCCCCCGAACCUAGUGGCAGUGCGGUGGGAACCGGCGGGCAGGGUAGUCGUCGCAAGAAACCGGCCGCUUGGAAGGAAGUUGCCACGACGAUCCUGCGAGCGCUGGACGAAGUGGAGGUACAGUUUCUGGCCGAGGCGCAGGGUGUGCACUACAUCAGUCUGCGCAGCGGCGAAAAGGACAUCGCGGAGAUGCUGGUGGAGAAAAAGCUAGCCGUGCGGUUGCUCUACGUUCCAUCGGAUCAACGUUGCUUCACCAGCCACAUCGAGUCGAUCAACGAGUUCUACAUUCAGCUGGAACGCGACGUCUUCCCACUGGACACGAUGGCCAACUAUCUGAACGAUGUGAGUAAGUUUGCCGAUCUGACCGAGCCGCAGCCGGGUGUGAUCUGCAUCGCACAGUACCUCGACGAUGGCCUGUGGUACCGGGCGAAGGUGCUGGCCGUGCGCAAACCGGGCGAGUACGAAGUGUUCUUUUUAGACUACGGCAACACCUCGAUCGUGCACCAACUUAAAGAGCUGGACGCCAGCAUUGCCGAGCUGGCCCGGCUGUGCGCCAAGUGUGCCCUCCGGCUGCCGGAGAACGUGCGGAGCUGGUCGAAGGAGGCCGAGGAAAAGUUCCUCGAGCUGUCGGCCAUGGGCGAGACGGUGUUUACGGUCCAGCUGUACAGCCCGGGACCGGCAUUCGCGACCGUCGAGCUGUUCCACGAGGGGCGUAACAUUGCCGAACAGCUGGUGGCCCUGUGCGAGAAGGGCACCGGUGCGUCCGCGAUGGCCUACGACAUGAACUCGAGCUUCUACCUGAGCGGGGACGAAAAUCGGCUGGACGACAGCUACCAGCUGGAGGACGACAAGGUGUACGUCAGUCACGUCAACUCUCCGGCCGAGUUCUUCAUCCAGUUCAAGAACAACUUUGACGCGCUGCGCAACAUGGAAGAGCUGCUGGCGGCCAAGGCGGGCCGCUGCGAGGUGAUCCGCGAGGGCGAGAUACGCAACGGGAUGCUCUGUCUCGCUCAGCUGGCCCUCAGUGGCAAGUUUUGUCGUGCCCUGGUCCUCUCGGAGGUUCACGGUGGGCACGCGACCUAUCACUCGGUGCUGCUGAUCGACUACGGCAACCGGGCGGCGGCGACCGAGCUGCGCCGAAUGCCGGCCGCCAUCGAGGAAAUGUCGCGCCUGGCGAAAAAGUGCUGCCUGGAGCACUUCCUACCGAUGGACGAGCAUACGCUGGGCGCGAAACGCUGGGGCCGCAUCCGAGGCCGCUUCACGCAGCUUGCGGACACCGGACGGGAGGUGUUUUCGGUGGAAAUCGUGCGCAACGAUUGCGAUCCGAUGAUCAUACGGCUGUUCACGCCGACGGGCGAAAACGUGGAAGAUCUGAUCCGAAGCGAUGCGAUGGUGGAGGAGGAAGAGGUGAGCAUGGAAUCGUCGAUCAACAACUCGUCGACGGCCAACUUUUCCGGCUCGACGUCCGAUGCACAGAUACGUGCAAAACCGAAGCAAGCGUUCUACCGAGCGAACAGUGAUCUAGAAUUCCUGGAGAAUUGAACCGCAAACGCGAACACACGCAACGACCGUUACUGCCCGCUGGUAGGAACACAGUUCCCCAUCCCACGGAGUAACGAUGAAAAACCGAAACGAAACUUUACGUAAGCACAUGGUUGUCUCAUAUGAAAAUGUUGAAGAGGUUAAAUGGUUGUUUUCCUACUUAGUUUUGCUUAGCAAAUUACAAAACAACCGAAUUUCAUGAGUUUCAUACUCCAGUGCAAAAACGUAUGGGAUACCACAACUGCCCUAAGGGCUAAGCUUUGCUUUCGAAACCAUUUUAUCCCUUCCAUCGUUCACUCUUAUUUAUACCACAUUGAUCAUCAUUCGAUAUUUUCCUUCUAUAUAUUUUAUUUUUGAUAUUAUCUAACUCAGGCGAAUUACAAAUAAAAGAGAAAAUCAGGGCAGCAGAAUAAAUUAAAAAAAAACUGCUACUAAACUCCAAAAAGGUUGGAAGAAGUGAACUACAAAAAAAAAUCCAGCACAAUCGCCACGAUUAUGCUCAAACUAAAA